AUGUUCAAAUUUUUAUCUAAACUAGAAGAUCCUGAACAUCCCUUACUUGGCCCUACACUGUGGGGUCUGCAGACUUGGGGCAUGUGGCAACCCAUUAGGGGAAAAAUCAAAAUUAUUUAUAAUACUAUACACUUACUAGCUAUUAUAUUUGUGAUUACGCAAUAUGUGGAGCUUUGGUAUAUUAGAUCGAACCUGGAGUUGGCUUUAAGAAAUUUAUCAGUUACAAUGCUAAGCACAGUGUGCGUUGUUAAAGCUACAACAUUUAUUUUAUGGCAAAAAUCCUGGGCAAAUAUUUUUGAGUACGUUUCAACUGUAGAAAAGCAGCAAUUAAUCCGUCAAAAUGCUAAAACAAAGAACAUCAUCAAACAAUACACUAAGUACUCCCGAAAAGUGACCUACUCCUAUUGGUGUCUGGUCACUGCCACUGUUUUCACUGUAAUUUUGGCUCCUCUUGCAUCAUAUAUUUCAUCUGAACAACGUCGGGAACAGAUUGCGAAUGGUACAGCUGCCUAUCCAGAGAUUAUGAGUUCCUGGACACCUUUUGAUAAAACUCGUGGAGUUGGAUAUUGGGCACUAGUUAUAAUUCAAUGUCUAAUUUGCUUUUAUGGAGGUGGCAUUGUAGCUACAUACGACUCUAAUGCUGUUGUUUUAAUGUCAUUCUUUGCUGGUCAGUUUGAAUUUUUGAGGGAGAAAUGUGCGGAUCUAUUUGGAAAUGGUAACGAAUUCGAAGGCACAACUACGAUGCAACAGGUGUGGAUAGCCGAAUAUCUUGUAGCACUCGUAGCUCAACUCUUUCUAUACUGUUGGCAUAGUAAUGAAGUUUUGUAUAUGAGUUCAAAAGUGGAUGAAGGAGUAUACGCAAGUGCAUGGUGGUCACAAGGUGUCCGUAUCCGGCGCAUUAUUCUGCUGCUCGGAGGACAGCUUGAUAGAAGCGUGAUUUUCACAGCUGGACCCUUCACCAACCUUACUGUUGCUACGUUUAUUGCUGUAAGUAUACAUCUAGAUGAUGUUGUUGUUAUGAUG